AUGAUUAACAAGAACUUAAACUUACAUUUGAAAUUAAACAAGAUGGAAUUUAAUCAACCAUCGAUAUCAACCCCGUCAGGAUUAAAUUCACAGCCAUACACCCCAAUAGACCAAACUUUGAAAACACCAUUGGAGGCACCGGGCCAAUAUCCAUUCAACCCCCCACCUUUACACCACCAAAACUCAUACAAUAAUCAAAAUACAAUACAACAACAACAGUCUCAACAACAGGGCCAGUUUAACCAAAACUCGUCAUUCUAUCAAAAUCCACAGUACUCUGAUUCGGAUGAUAUAUUAACUGAUAUCGAUGACCCUGAAGCUAGUAACGACGGUAACAAUAGCUCUGCUGGUACGAACAACACGUCACUCAAGAGACCACCAUAUCCCAUGGCAAAUGGGAUGAAGAAUACGUCUAUAUCGAAUUUAUCACUCAAUGAGAUGAACUUGAUGAACUACAAUGCUCAGCAACAACAAGCACAAGCACAGGGCCAGGUUCAACCAAGUAACGCCUCAAUCAGAUCCCGUUCAUCGCUGUUGAAUCUUCGUAAACAAUCAUUAACAAGAAACAAUUCAAAUAAUUGGCUACACGUGGGCAACAUCCAUAGUCUUCGUCCUAGAAAUAGCAAUGCUAGCACAGAUUCAUUGGAUUGUGUUCCAAUCCAAACUAAUCUUUUCAAUGGUGGCGGAGGAGGUUCAAGUGCAAAUAGUACACCACCACAAUCAGCUGGUAUUCAAUCUCAAUCUCAAUCGAAUUACUUUCCCCAACAACCAUUAUCAAUCGGUGGUACUAUUCAAACACAAACUGCAUAUUUCCCACCACCACCACCUUCUGAACAGCCCCAUGUGAACCAAGAGUAUCCAGCUAUGACAUCAUCUCCUUUUGUUCUUCCACUGGCACCUCCACCAUUUUUACAAAGAAGUAGAUCAGGAGGCGGUGCUGGUGCAGGACCAUCAGUGCCAUAUCAUUUAAAUACCGAAUCAGCUAAUGCACAAGCUUUGAAUAGUUUAAAUGGAAGAUCAAGUUUUAAUCCAAACACAGGAUUCGCUUUAGAUUCACCAUUUGAACCACAACCACCACAUCAACACCCUCAGCCACAUCAACAGCAACUGUGGUCCAGCCAGCCAUGUGGCCAACAAUAUGCACAACAAUAUUCACAACAGUAUUCACAACAACGGGCCCUGCUGUUACUGCUGCAACUGCUGCAACUGCUGCUGAUACUGAUGCUGAUGCAAGAUGAUGCACCAAUGGAUGAAGCAAGAUUUAAUAGUAAUUUCAAUACCAAUUACGUUUCAUUGAGUGAAAAGAAACGUGAUUCGUUGAAAUUGAAGAGAGGUAUGCAUUAA